CAGCAAUACUGAGUCACAUACCUCGUUUCUCUUUAGCACCCUGCUGUGGGAAGCUUGGCAAAAAUGAAGAUGGUCUGGGUGCUGCUGCUGCUGCUGAGCACCCUCCCGGGUACCCCUGCGGUGCCUUCCCGACGCCCUUCUUGUUACAAGAGGGCCCUCAAGGACCACAGCUGCCACACCAUCCCGGAGGGCAAGGAGAACCUCCGACACGUGGAUGAUGGUCUGCAAGAUCACUUCUGGGAAGGCAAGGGCUGUGAGGUGAUCUGCUACUGCAACUUGAAUGAAUUGCUCUGCUGCCCAAAGGAUAUUUUCUUUGGACCAAAGAUAUCUUUUGUGAUCCCCUGCAACAGUCAGUGAUUCAAGUCUGCAAGUGAAGAUAACAGACAUCAUUCUACGAUCAUGUAAUAAUGUUUUCAAGGGUAAAACAAAAUUACCACCAACAAAA